UGCAUGUUUUGAGUCACUUGGUUUUUGUUAGCAUUAUCAAUGAGAGAUGCAGUAAUUAAUGUUCUUAUCAUAAUUUGAGGUUUCCUCGGAUUCUGGAAAGCUGAAGUGGGGCAUGGGAAUGUUGGUAUCUUCCCCCCAGAAUGAAAUGCAUCUGACUGGGUUAUCCAGAAUUGGACAUACUUGCUUCUAGCAAUUUUUCUAACAAGCAAACAGUCGCAUUUCUCAUCUCAGCAGGGGAACUUCAGACACGAGUCCUCCCAUUCCACUGAUCGGCCUUCCAUAAAUCUGUCUCUCUUCUUUGCUGGCCAAGCAAAAAUGGAAGAGACAGUGAAGCAAAGUACAGCUACUAUUACCAGUGACCCUUUUAUCAACCCUAUGGUGUCCAACUUCAAUAAUGCUUGUAGAACUGUACCACCUCCAUACACUUUUAUGGGUUGCACAGAGAACUGCUCUCCAACAUAUCUUUCCAGUGGAAACCAAUGUCUGGAUUUCUUCUUCCAGGAGGUUCCUGACACAGCCAGCAACAGAGGCAUUAGAGGGACUGGGAAGUCAGAUAGGGAGGGAUUUUAUGAGUUGGCUUUGUGGCUUCAUCAAAAUCACCCCGAAAUGCUGGCAUCAAAUAGUGAUUCAAUCCGUGAAUUUGGUUACUUUAAGGACUUGCCUGAAAUUCUCUCUCUACUUCUGGAUGGGGCUGAUAUUCAGAAAAUAGCUACAAGGCUACCAAGACGGAGAAGAUGUGAUCUUUGGAGAGAGGAAAGAAGACUUGCAGCAGCUGGAAAAGGCCUCGAAAGGUACAACAAUGACCCAGUAUGUCAGUUUUUACACAACAGGAUGACAGAUGUUUUUGCCAAGCAUUUGAAAUCGGAUAUGGAGAAUUUGAGCUCCGGUAAGCUGUACAAGAUUAGCCUGGCUGCAAAAUGGUGCCCUUCUCUUUACUCCCCCUAUGAUAAUUCAACACUCUUAUGUGAGAGCAUGGCAAGGAGGCUUUUCCCUCGUGAUUCAUACCCUCAAUAUGAAGGCAUAGAAGAGGCUCAUUACACUUACAGGGUCUGAGAUCGUCUUAGGAAAGAAGUCCUCGUUCCCCUACGCAAAGCCUUGCAGAUACCGGAAGUUUACAUGUCUGCGAAAAAGUGGGAUUUGCUUCCCUGCAAGAGAGUGCCCUCAAUUGCCAUGAAAAAUUAUAAUAACAUCUUCUUGGUGCA